AUUUAAAUAUCCCAGCCAAGGAACUAGACAUUUUGGCGUCUCCAAAGAGUUUACUGGCGACUUAUACUCUAAGAUAAUUAUUAUCAAACUCUUACUGACGAUGGAAAUACUGACAACUAAUUUUUUUGUCUUAAGUUUGGUGGGUCUUUGGAAACCGCGCGGCUGGAGCGGAAUCAAAGCAAUCCUUUAUCAUUUUUACUCAGCAAUUGUAAUAUUUGCAAAUAUUUCAUUCUUGAUAUCUGGAAUAAUGGAUCUUGAAUUUACAAAUAUUGAUAUUGCUGCAUUUAUUGAUAAUAUUUCGUUACUGUUGAGUCUGGUGACGAUAAGGCAGAAAACAGCAUGCGCUAUUGGAAAUCGCGGGGACAUUAAAGAAAUAAUUGACUCGUUAGGACGGAGUCCUUUCAAGCCACAGGACGAGGAGGAAGUGAACAUCGUCAAGCGGUUUGACGACCUUACUGGAUAUAUUCUCAAGUACUACCCAGUACUAUUCACUGUCGCAAUAACCUGGUACUCAAUGGGGCACAUGUUUAUAAUGGAUCCCCCUUAUGUUUUGCCAUAUAGAGGGUGGUUUCCUUAUAACUACACAACAACAAGCAUCUACUGGCUGACAGCAGUCUAUCAACUUUACGCAAUUUGCAGUGCGGCAUCCAUUAAUCUAGCCUUCGACCCCUUACUCCCUUGUAUUAUUUGUCACAUGUGCGCUCAGGUUCAUAUUUUAAGGUACAGAUUUGGGGUCAUGUUGAAAAAAUUAGAAGUCAUUUCUGACAAUGAGCCGCGGUCUGUUAUUGCGUCUGCUGAACGUAAAUUGAUGGGAGAGUGGGUUGACUACCACAUUAGUAUUUUAAAUCUAAUUAAAUACGUGAAUUCAACGUAUUCAAAGGUAAUAUUUGUACAGUACACAGCAAGUUCAUUGAUUUUAUGUACGGUCGCAUAUGUGCUGUCACAUAUGGAUGCGCUCUCUAUGAAUUUCGCGGGUAAUUUUUUUUAUUUCAUCGCGAUGAAUUUCCAAAUAUUUUUUCAGUGUUUUUGCGCUAAUCAAGUAACACUUGAGUUCUUGGACAUCACCACCGCUCUCUACGAUACAAAUUGGUUCAAUUUGAGCAACAAUGUUCGCAGAUCAAUGACUAUUAUUUUAUGUGAAUCUUUUCGCCCAGUUCUAUUUACGAGCAGUUUCUUUAUUGUUUUAUCUCUCGAAUCAUUUACUAAGGUUAUAAAAUGUGCAUACACUGUUUACAACGUUCUGCAAUAACUCGUUAGAACUUUGAUAUUUAUUAUUAUGGCAUAUAAUUUAUCGCAGUUAAAUUUAUGUUAUAUAUAUAAAUAUAUUUAUUUAAUAAAGUAAUAACAAUAAUAUAUUUCAUGGAAACAAUCAAUUUGGACAUAAAUAAAAUUUGUUUGCUCCAGCAGCCAAAGGCUCUUGCAGCAAACAAAUGUUUAAAUUUGAAUUACAGCUAAACUAUCAAAAAUAUGGAAAAAUAUACUGUAAGCAGUUUGUUUAAUCGUGACAGGAGUGCAGAUGAUAAUACGUGGCACAAAAGUACAAAUACAAUUCGUCUGUAUACUUAACUUUAUUGAGUAGAACUUACUUAAACGUAGACAAAUAAGUCUACGCUCUUGAAUUUCUGUGCCCAAUCCUAUAUGCCAAUCUUAUGCGCAAUAGUUUUAUGCCUUGUUGGCCUAAUAGGUUUAGUUAAUAUAUUGUAACGAAUGUGAAACUGAUCUUUGAUUUAAGAACAUGAGCAUAUAAGAUCGAAAAUUAUUGAAUUGAUCACAAUGAAAGUUUAUAAAUUAACAACUAAU